GCAUCAAUUGCAUUAAUUUUGCCUGAAUCUAAGAGCAUAUGCCAAUCAGAUUCAUGAUUAUUUACAAGAGUUUGCAAAUUUACAAACUUUUUUUGUUGAACGCAACUGAUAUUAGGCAUAAAACAGCAUAUGAGAUAACGUAAAGAGGAUAAAAAUUGGCGCGAGUUUUAGGAUACAUUUAUAACAUUCGCAGCUAUUGUGACUAUUAUCUGGCUGCGAUAUGUAAAAUUUUCUCAGCUUCACGCAAAUCCGUUUGAAUAAUUGUCAGUGAUGUUUGCAAGUGAUGUUAAAGAUUACUUCGAACAAUGUAAAAUCAUUUCGUAAUUGCAUUGUUAAGUUCGUCUGUAAAAGAGUCAUCGUGACACGACUAUAAUACCAGCUGUCAACAUGCUGUCGCGCAAAAACAAAGAUCUGCGAACAAUCAAGGAGGGAGUGGUCGGCAAAUAUGUGAAGAAAGAAACACCACCUGAAAUGCCAAUUAUCAAUGUAUGGACAACAGAGCCGAACAGAAGGCCCAGACGACGCAACAACCAUUCAACAAUGCCAAAUAUGUCCAUUCCUCAACAACCUAGUAUGGUGCAGAAGUUUGGAAAUACAAAAACCACAACCAGUGCUGUCGGUUUAGGUAGCCAUGAGGGAAAAUAUACUCCAAACAGUUCCGUUCCAGACUUAGCUCAAAGAUUUGCCAGUCUUUCUGUUAACACUGGAAUAAAUGACAGCAUGUUUUCAAGAACUGCGACACCCAUGUAUCAUCCCGAAUUGUCGCCUGCAAUGUCCCAUACUUAUAUAAAUCAGUAUGCUGGAUCUGAAUAUCAUUUGGACAGAGUUCAGACACCGCAGAUGCCUUACAUGCCUUUCGAGAUUGAUACUGGUUACGAAGAUUACAAUCACUCCAUGUAUCAUCAAAAUGCUGGUUACAGCAGAUGCCAUUCCGAGAGAUCGAGUUCUCGAAGCGAACAGCAGCAGGAAGAGUUGCCUUUACCACCCGGAUGGUCGGUUGACUUCACGCUCCGUGGUCGGAAAUAUUACAUCGAUCACAAUACCAAAACCACGCAUUGGUCACAUCCACUUGAGAAGGAGGGUUUACCCACAGGAUGGGAGAGAAUUGAAUCGCCUGAAUAUGGAGUUUAUUAUGUCAAUCACAUCACUCGUCAAGCGCAAUACGAGCAUCCGUGUUAUCCGCACGAAAUACAAGCGGUGCGUGUCGUCUCACCACCGCGGCAUACUCAUUUUCACUCUCACAGCGUUCUUGUGCCGGCUAAUCCCUAUCUUAACGAGGAGAUACCACAUUGGCUAUAUGUGUACAGUAGAGCUUCGAUAGCUCUGGAUCGUAAGUUACGCUGGGAAUUGUUUCGCUUACCCGAACUGGAUUGCUUCAACGCCAUGCUCACUAGAUUAUACAAACAAGAACUGGAGGAGGUUGUGAUGCGUUAUGAAGAAUACAGAUCAGCAUUAUUGUGUGAAAUGGAACAGAGACUGAAAGAAUUGAAUCCAGAAUCAGAUAAUAAUAAUGCCGGUGCUAUUGCUUUACGAAGAUCUCUUCCUUGAGAGAAAUCUGUCGAUUAAUAUAUUUUUUCUCGACUGAUUGAAAGGUUCCUCGAAAGUUUUUUUUAGGACAAAUAAUUAAUUGAUUGUAUUGAACUCGAUAAAUGUGUAGAUAUUGUACAAUAAUGAAGUUUAUCUCUUUUGAUAGUGGUUUUAUUA